AUGAAGUUCACCAUUGCCGCCACAGCUGCAGCCCUCCUCUUCACAACCACAGCCAUCGCUGCUCCUGCAGACGGCGCAACUUAUGCAUCCUAUGGUAGUUACCAAUGGGCAGACGGGGCCCCAGUAAGCGACCAAGAUGUUUCCAAGGACAACCCAAAAAGCCCCGAUGUACCAGCCAAUAUGGCAGUUGCUCCAGCUGCUCAAAACGGCGGAUCACCUUUUGUCUUCACUAGCACAUACAAUGUCGUAGCUCUCGGAUCUGAAGUUCGCAAUGGUACUGUCUCGGUUCCAGGCCCUUCAGAUGCUGUCGGGUAUUUCAAUUAUGGAAUCAAUGCUCACCAAGAUACCAUUUGCUACAACAUCACCCUACUCAACGUAGCCGGAACCUAUCAAUCCCCCGCCAAAACAGCAACACAUAUUCACGAAGCCGCCCGCGGUGCAUCCGGACCUCCUCGUCUCGCAUUCCCAAAUCCAGUCGGUGAUGAUUAUCGUCGAGUCAGUGUGGGCUGUAUGACUGGUCCUUUCACAACAGGAAUAAAUGCUCCUAAUGGAGGACCGGAUACUGGUACUGGUUUCAAGGUUGCUCAGAUCGAAGCUAAUUCAGCGGGAUUCUUUACAGACGCUCAUACAAACCUUUUCCCAUUGGGCGUUGUUAGAGGUCAGCUUGCAUAG